CGUCUCCCGGGAAGAUGGGGAACUCGUACGCGGGGCAGCUGAAGAGCACGCGGUUUGAGGAGGUGCUGCACAACUCCAUCGAGGCCUCGCUGCGCUCCAGCAGCCUGGUGCCGCGGCCCGUCUUCUCGCAGCUCUACCUGGAGGCCGAGCAGCAGCUCUCGGCCCUGGAAGGUGGUAGCCGAGUUGACAAUGAGGAAGAAGAAGAAGAGGGGGACGGGGGCCUGGAGCCGAGCUGUCCCCCAACCGCCUACCAGAUGCACCCCCCUCCCGAAGGAUGCUGCACCACGGACGGGUUCUGCCAGGCGGGGAAGGACCUGCGUCUCGUCUCCAUCUGCAGCGAGCCCAUCGACGUCCCCGCCGGCUUCCUCCUCGUGGGGGCCAAGGCCCCCAGCCUGCCCGGCCACCUCCUGGUAUCAUUCCUGAUGGUCGGCACCUCCGCGUGUGGUACCAUCACGCCCCCUGGGUGUGUCCCAGGAUUCUCUGGGAACUGUGUUGGCUGCGGCAAGAAGGGCUUCUGUUACUUCACGGAGUUCUCCAACCACAUCAACCUGAAGCUCACCACGCAGCCCAAGAAGCAGAAGCACUUGAAGUGUUACCUGGUCCGCAACGCACAGGGGGUGCUGGCCCCCGGCCCCCUCAUCUGCUGGAAAGGCUCGGAGCUCCGAGGACGGCAGGCUCCCACCGGCCCUGGCUCCAGCUCCCUCUUCCCGCCGCCGCCGGACAGCUCCGGGCCCCCGGCUGCCUGCUCCAGUGAGCCCAGUCCUGGGACGAACCCCAGCGCCCCGGUGGGGGCACAGCCGGCAGGCCCAGGCUCCGACCCCCCCUCCCUGCCCGCAGCGGCAGGCCCCGCGGUGUUCAAUGGCAAGGACUCCCCGCAGCAGCAGCUGGCGAAGGGCAAGCUGCCGGCAGGGCCCCGGCCCUCAGCACUAGGUAUCUUCUCAAACUCCGGGCCCCCCAAGAAGCGCCACAAAGGGUGGUCUCCGGAGUCUCCCUCGGCUGCGGACGGCGGCUACCCCAAGGGAGCGGGGAGCAGAGCUAAGUAUGAGAGCGCGGGCGUGGCCUGCGUGCCCCCGGUCGGCUUGGUGGGACCAGCCUCCGUCACCUUUCCCGUCGUGGCCUCUGGGGAACCAGUGUCAGUUCCCGACAACUUGCUGAAAAUAUGCAAGGCCAAGCCGGUGAUAUUUAAAGGCCACGGGAACUUCCCCUACCUCUGCGGGAACCUGAACGACGUGGUGGUGAGCCCGCUGUUGUACACGUGCUACCAGAACUCCCAGUCCGUCUCCAGAGCCUACGAGCAGUACGGGGCCCCCGCCCUGCAGCCCAUCUCCGAGGAGAUGCAGCUGUUGCUCACGGUCUACUACCUGGUGCAGCUGGGGAAAUACCAGGCCCGGGUGCUGUCCGAGAGCCUCCUCACCCCUGCGGAGUACCAGGAGGAAGUCAGCUACGAGCUGGUCACGGGCAAGGUGGCUUCGCUGGGGGCCUUCUUCAGCACCCUCUGUCCAGAGGGCGACAUUGACAUUCUGCUGGACAAAUUUCAUCAGGAAAAUCAAGGCCACGUUUCUUCCUCACCCACUGCCGCCUCCGUCACCAAACCCAUGUCUCUGGAAGUCGGUGGGGCCCCGGCGUGCACAAGUUCCGGGCUGGAGCCGCAGCGCAUCCGGCCCUUCCAGCUGGCCGUGGCGCAGAAGCUCCUCUCGCACCUGUGCUCCAUCGCGGAUUCCAGCACCCAGAACCUGGACUUGGGGUCCUUCGAGAAGGUGGACUUUCUGAUCUGCAUCCCGCCCUCGGAAGUGACCUACCAGCAGACGCUGUUCCACGUCUGGCACUCGGGGGUUCUGCUGGAGCUCGGCUUGGACAAGGAGCACGUGACCAGGCAGAGGGUGGAGCAGUACGUCCUGAAGCUGGACGCCGAGGCGCAGGCACGGUUCCAGGUCUUUCUGCAGAACUCCUUCCAGAACCCGCACACGCUCUUCGUCCUCGUCCACGACCACGCCCACUGGGACCUCGUGAGCAGCGCCGUCCAUAACCUCUACUCCCCGAGCGACCCGUCGGUGGGGCUGGUGGACAGACUGCUCAACUGCAGGGAGGUGAAGGAGGCCCCCAACAUCGUGACCCUGCACGUGACUUCCUUCCCGUACGCGCUGCAGACGCAGCACACCCUCAUCAGCCCCUACAACGAGAUCCACUGGCCCGCCUCCUACAGCACCGGCGCGGACUUGUACCCCGAGGACAGGAAGUACUUCGGGCUGUCGGAGUUCAUCGAGUCGACCCUGUCGGGGCACAGCCUGCCCUUGCUCCGAUAUGACAGCUCCUUCGAGGCCAUGGUCACCGCCCUGGGGAAAAGAUUCCCCCGCCUGCACAGCGCCGUGAUCCGCACCUUCGUCCUGGUGCAGCACUACGCGGCGGCCAUGAUGGCCGUGCGCGGCCUCUCGCAGAUGAAGAACUACACAUCGGUGGAGACGCUGGAGAUCACCCAGAACCUCAUCAACGCGCCCCAGCAGUGCCCCUGCGGCCACGGGCUCAUGGUGCUGCUGCGCGUGCCCUGCUCGCCGCUGGCGGCCGUGGCCUAUGAGCGCCUGGCGCACGUGCGGGCGCGGCUGGCGCUGGAGCAGCGCUUCGAGAUCAUCCUGGGCAGCCCCAGCUCGGGCCUCACCGUCGGGAAGCACUUCGUGAAGCAGCUCAAGAUGUGGCAGAACAUUGAGGAUGCUGAGUGGAGGCCUCAGACUUACCUGGAGUUGGAGGGUCUGCCUUGCAUCCUCAUCUUCAGCGGGAUGGACCCGCACGGGGAGUCCUUACCCAGGUCUCUGAGGUACUGUGACCUGCGCCUGAUCAACUCCUCCUGCUUGGUGCGCACGGCGCUGGAGCAGGAGCUGGGCCUGGCCGCGUACUUCGUGAGCAGCGAGGGGCCCCUGGAGAGGGGGCCGCGGAGCGAGGGCUUGGAGAGCGACGCGGAGAAGCCGAGCAGCACAGACAACGAGGAUGAGGAGCUGGUGACGGAAGGCUCCACCUCGGAGAAGAAGAGCCCCGUGAAGAGGGAGCGGUCCGGCUCCCGGGACUCGGCCUCCUCCGGCCGCUCCUCCAAGGCGUCCGGCUCUGCGCUCGGUGGUGAGACCUCGGCUCCGCCCGGGGGCCCCCCGCAGGGGGAGCAGACCAGAUCCCCGCAGCCCUGCGACGUCGUCUUCCUGCCCAAGCUGGUGUACGACAUGGUCACAUCCACCGACAGCAGCGGCCUGCCCAAGGCCGCCUCGCUCCUGCCCUCGCCCUCGGUCGUGUGGGCCAGCUCCUUCCGGCCCCUGCUCAGCAAGACCAUGACGUCCACGGAGCAGUCCCUGUACUACCGCCAGUGGACGGUGCCGCGGCCCAGCCACAUGGACUACGGGAACCGCGCCGAGGGCUGCGUGGACGGCUUCCACCCGCGCAGGCUGCUGCUCAGCGGGCCCCCGCAGAUCGGGAAGACGGGCGCUUACCUGCAGUUCCUCAGCAUCCUGUCCCGGAUGCUCAUCCGGCUGACGGAGGUGGACGUGUACGACGAGGAAGAGAUCAAUGUCGACCUCCGAGAGGAAUCCGAGUGGCGCUACCUCCAGCUCAGCGACCCCUGGCCGGACCUGGAGCUCUUCAGGAAGCUGCCUUUCGACUACACGGUCCACGACCCCAAGUACGAAGACGCCAGCCUCAUCUGCUCACACCACCAGGGUGCCAAGAGCGAAGACAGGGGGCCGCCCAGGAAGCCCGAGGACCUGUUUGUGCGGCGCCAGACGGCGCGGAUGCGGCUGUCCAAGUACGCGGCCCACAACACCUACCACCACUGCGAGCAGUGCCACCAGUACAUGGGCUUCCACCCCCGCUACCAGUGGCUGCCGACCCCGCGGAGCAGGCGUUCUCCAGGUUACACGGGUUCUAGCAGAAGACCCGUGGUUGGCAAACCGCGGCUCUUUGGCCCCUUCCUGAUCAAGGAGCUGUCCUACCACAACCUGGAGCUGGAGCGGAACCGGCAGGAGGAGCUGGGGAUCAAGCCUCAGGACAUCUGGCCGUUCAUCGUGAUUUCCGACGACUCCUGCGUCAUGUGGAACGUGGUGGACGUGGACGGCGGCGGGGAGAGGAGCAGAGAGUUCUCCUGGUCGGAGAGGAAUGUCUCCCUGAAGCACAUCAUGCAGCACAUCGAGGCGGCCCCCAACAUCACCCACUACGCCCUCAUCGGCAUGCGCAAGUGGUCCAGCAAGGCCGGCGGCCGCGCAGUGCGGGAGCCCUUCUCCCGCUGCCACGUCCACGACUUCAUCGUCCUGAACGUGGACCUGACCCAGAACGUGCAGUACAACCAGAGCAGGUUCCUGUGUGACGACGUGGACUUCAACCUGCGGGUGCACAGCGCCGGCCUCCUGCUGUGCCGCUUCAACCGCUUCAGCGUCAUGAAGAAGCAGAUCGCCGGGGGCGGGCACCGGUCCUUCCACAUCACCGCCAAGGUGUCCGACAACCCCGUGGCCGUCGUGCCCGCCCAGUACAUCUGUGCGCCCGACAGCAAGCACCCAUCCCUGGCGGCCCCCGCGCAGCUGCUGCUGGAGCGGUUCCUGCAGCACCACAGCCACCGCUUCUUCCCGCUGUCCCUGCGGAACCACGGCCACCCCGUGCUGCUGGUCGACUGCUACCUGAACCUGGGGUCCCAGAUCUCCGUGUGCUACGUGAGCUCCAGGCCCCACUCCCUGAACGUCAGCUGCUCCGACUCCACGUUCAGCGGGCUCCUGCUCUACCUCUGCGACUCCUUCGUGGGGGCCAGCUUUCUGAAAAAGUUCCACUUCCUGAAAGGGGCGACCUUGUGCGUGAUCUGCCAGGACCGGAACUCCCUGCGCCAGACCGUGGUCCGCCUGGAGCUGGAGGACGAGUGGCAGUUCCGCCUGCGCGACGAGUUCCAGACCGCCAACGCCAAGGAGGACCGGCCGCUCUUCUUUCUGACGGGACGGCACAUCUGAGGGCGGCGCCCGCAGGGUUUCCGGGAAGAGUGGAGUCUUCGGAACCUCAUGCCGUUGAGGCUAAAGAAUUCGAACCACGGGGUGUUUGAACAGAAACGGGCCGCAGACACUGUCUGGCACGUCCCUCGUGGCGGCCCAAAGCCCAGAGGUGACGGAGACUCCGGGAGGGACGGCGUCUGUGGGUGUCGAGCAUCAGUAACGCACACCCGCCCUCCCGGUCCCGGGCCGGCUGCAUCGCCCUGUGCUACGUCCAGGUCCAUUUCACGAAGAACAAAGUUUCGCCGACUGUCAUGCCAUCCGUACGCUUCCAUGGACGAACUUGCCUUUUCUCUUCGUUCUCAGUCUCUCGAUUAUCUUGCAGAGGUGCCAGACGAUGGGUAGGAUGUGAGCCGUGUAGGUUCCCUCACCAUCUACUACAAAGCAAUAUUUUAAAAAAGAAUGCUUUCACUGUAAAGGCCGGAGGCAAGAAAAAACAGUGGGUCACUACAUAAGAAUUGUGUCCUUGCCUAGAAGUUUGCUUUUUAAAAAGCCCAAAGGUAUCAACUUGAAUCAAGUAAAAUGAACGGUUUUACUUCAGAGCAAAUGCAGUUCUAUUAAGAUAGUAGAGGGUAGGCACCCUACCUCUUAGAAAGGGCAAAAGAGAAAAGAAACUUCUUUCUUUAAAAGAUGGCAGGAAGGAAAGCUGGGUGCAGAGGCGGGUUGACCUGAAGAAACAGAACCUGCCUUACAAAGGAAAGAGGACCAAAUGGUUCACUUGAAACGAACAAUAAAAACCACCAAAGUGACACAUAAACAGCUUGGUAAGAACUAGACUUCUGUCCACCAUUUUUUUGAAGCUCAGUUUUCAGUUCCUUAAACAGCUUGACUUUUCUAAUGAGUGCUUGGUCGCUGACCCAAGAGGCAGGGGGACAGGCAGAUGACAGUAGGGAUGUUCUUUGAUACACUUCCACUUAUCUGCCAGAAUGUUUUUUUAAAAAAUACUUUUAUUGACUUUAGAGAGAGAGAAAGGGAGUGU